AUGGCUCAAUCACAUUCUACUCUUUUUAUUCAUGCGACCAUCAUCACGGUAAACUCCAGUCGGGAGGUCAUCCAUGAUGGUUAUCUGCUAGUUGAAAACACCCGCAUUGCGGCCAUUGGAAAAUGCCCUGUUCCUCCAGACUUGACUGCAUCCAAAACAAUCGAUUGUACUGGGAAAAUCAUCAUUCCCGGCCUCAUCAACACACAUGCUCACUUAGUCCAGUCGCUCUUACGAGGAUUGGCUGAGGAUCUCCCAUUACACAACUGGCUUUGCGACGCCAUUUGGCCGUUGGAGUCGGUCUACGAUGACCGUGAUGGAUAUCAUGCCGCCCGACUCACCAUGGCAGAGAUGCUCAAAACAGGCACAACGUGUUUCCUAGACCCGAUGGUGACCUACCGUGCGGGCUGGGAGAAUGGGAAACUGGUCAAAUUCACCGAGACCAACAGGCAACUCUCAAUCACCGAUCCGCGGGAUAGAGACCUUCUGGCCAUGUCAAUCCCUGCCUUGGUGCAAUGUCAUCAAGAGUAUCACGGCGCAUGCAACGGGCGCCUUCAUGUCUGGGGAGCAGCUGGGACACCCCGGGGUGCACCUGCGUCGCAAUAUCGGGAGCUUGGCGAGACGUGCGCCAGCCAUGGAAUCUCUAUCACAAUGCACUGUGCUGAGGCCCCUCGCGACCGUGAUAUCUACCACGACACAUACCAGUGCACCGCCAUGGAGUUUAUCCGAGACACCAAGAUAUGCGGUCAGCCCGUUGCCCCAGAUGAAUCCAGUCCGCCUGGGGAAACAGAAAGGCCAAGGACCACCCACCACUUGGUUCUUGCCCAUAUGGUGAACUUGGAUCUCGAUGUUGAUCUCCCUCUGCUGCAUUCGACCAAUACAUCCGUCGCGCACAACCCGUCAUCCAAUCUCAAGCUUGCAUCGGGAGUUGCCCCUAUUCCUGCCAUGCUAUCUGCGCCGUAUUCUAUUAACGUUGGAUUGGGCACUGAUGGUGCACCAUGUGCCAACCACUAUGACAUGCUGCAAGAGAUGCAUCUGGCUGCGAUCCUACAUAAAGGGGUCUGCCACGAUGCUGCGGUGAUACCCGCCAGCACAGCACUCGAAAUGGCGACUAUCAACGGUGCCAAAGCUCUGGGAUUGGAAAGUGAGAUUGGAAGCCUUGAAGUCGGGAAGAAGGCUGAUCUAGUGGUGCUGGAUCCUUAUGGUCGGGGUGGGCUGGCGGCAGCUCCAUGGUACUGGGACCAUCGCACGGGUGUGUCGGCUGUCACUACGGUUGUCCAUGGCUGUACCGGAAGGGAUGUGAGUAUGACCAUGGUUGAUGGCAGGAUUCUGGUGGAGAAUGGAGUCUUGGUGGACGGGGGUGAACAAAAGGAACAAGACAUUGUGCGUCAAGCUCAGGGCGCUGUGCAGGGUAUACUAGCACGUUGCAAUGCUACUCGAGAGGAAACCAGCCAAGUGAAGGGGACUAUUGGUACAGGAUGGACCACUCAGGUAGUAGAUAGAGAGACCCCGAAUUAUAUGUCGGUAGAGGACCACAGAGUAUUACCUCCACUAUAUAUAUUGCUUCAUAGAUCCUAA